GGGACUUUGGCCAUGUUUGACUUCGUCGCGGAUGAUGGAUUCGAUGGCGAUGACGGUACUUCCCAAGACCCUGCAACGAUGAUCACGAACGCCGAGCGCCUCGAAAAAAUGCUGCCAACCAGGUUUUCAAGAUCCUGGGGAACUAAAUUGCUUUCGAAACCUCUACGCGUUGAGCGUUCGAUUUGAGUCAGAGUCCUGGCUAGGAAAACCACGCAGCAGCAAUGACGACAUUAUAGACGAGAUCUGGGUUAUGGCGGACGAAGCGUAAGAUAAUGACGACGAUCACGCAACAUGGGCCUGCUUCCUGCUGCGUCGAGCACUGAUGUCGGAGACAUAUGCCCUGAUUUCCAAGAACCGGAACCACUCUACCACAGACCUUCAUCUCUACUUGAUUCCGCUUGCGCUUGAAUCGUACCUCACUCCAGAUUUCCACGACUUUCUAAGUAGUAUCGAGACUUUCACGAUCGAGAUCGAAGGCACGACACGGGAUUUGGACCCCAAACGGAUGGGGGAGCCGCUCUACGUUGGAGCCCGCGAUGGAUACAUUCAUUUCUGCAAAAAGCUGUCAUCAUACAUGUUCGACCACCUGGACUCUGUCAAGACAGUGAAGAUUGUCGCCCCGAAAUCUGGUCCUCUUGGGUUUGAUUAUUACGCCCCAUUAGCCUUCACUGCGAAUCAGAUGCCAAAUCUCUCAUUCCUCUCUCUUGAGCUGGUGUGCAUAUCGGUCGAGCUGGCCGCUUUCUUUGCUGCACACAAAACCUCUUUAGAGGAGAUUCGGUUCCGAGACUGCUACGGUGCCUUCGAGUUUCAAGACAGUAUACCGAAAAGUGGAAUGUGUUCUUGGCGUCAUCUUUUCGACCAUAUGUCUGAUGCUCAACCCGAAAGCCUUGGACGACUGGAGAUCACCCCAUGGCAAGUUCCAUUUUGGGCAGAUACUACCCAGGACAGGUCUACAUGGUCAGCGAUAGAUCUUCGCUACGGGGAGGGCGAUGACGCGCUCGAGGCUUACGAAAUCCUAGACAAGAACCCUGAACGGCCUGUCUUCGCUUACGGGUCGCUGGGGUAUGAGGACGGCCUUUAUGUCCGGAUCUGAAUAAUUGCUACGAAGCAACUCUAAGGUUUAUCGAUGGUCAGCAUCAAACGGCGUAUGAGCGACUACGAGCGGUUUUAGAAGCUAACAGGGCGAAUCGUACGACUGGAAAGGGAUGAGAGACGAUUCUAGGGCAUCGAACGAUCAGAAAGGUUGGUGAGAGGCAUGGGAGAGGCGGCGACAGAUUCUUUUGCCCACUCGGAUAAUGUACGGGGAAGUUCCUGCUAGUAUCAAAGAUGGUACACAGUAUGUCCUCCCCUCUACUUUCUAUCUCUGAGAAAGUAAAACUAAGCUCU